AUGGGGCUGGGGUCACUGUUGGUCAUCGAGUUGGCUGGCUCGAGUCCCAUGCGGGCACGGAACGACUGCAGCGUCCUCAUGUAUCGAUCCAGGUCGAUCUUCCCCACUUCUGCCUGCCCAUCAGUUGCUGGACAUGCUGGAAAUCCCACAAGAACAUUAAUCCUUUUCUUCAGCACCUUCAUAGCAUUGUCAUGUUGCAGCAAAGCUUACAUUGGGGUACUGAUGAAUGCAGUGGGGCAGUGGUGGUGGAGGCACGUUCAGCCUCUAUCUUCGCCAGAUGCUGUUCCACGUAGCUGGAUGUUGAUGAAACAGGCCGAGUUCCUCCAGUUUUCCCCUUGGAAGCAGGCUGAGCUUGUGUUUGGACAGUAUCGAAACUGGGAUCCAAUGAGGUUUCUGAAUGCCAUGGUCCCCUCUUAUAAGGCUUCUAAUCUCCCAGUGACAACAGACUCCUUGCUUUCUGCUUUUGCCCCUCCUGAAAUAGGUUUUGCUCCUAAGGCAACAAAGAACAAGAAAAAAGAACCAACAAAGCUAUUCUCCAAGAUCUCUCUCCCCAUAUUUUUCGCACCAUCUCAAAUGUAUGACAGACAACUGGCUGCACGGUACAUAGUUCAGCUAGGAAAGGCGUCCCUAGAUUGUUCUCGCUCUUUCACCUGGGCUCAGCAACCAGCUCUUGAUCCAGCCAGACAUGUACCUUGUGUCGGGGAAGACAACUACGAUGGAGAGCGUGUCAAAAUGCAUUCCAGAACGAGCAUAACGUCCACGUGCCGAGGAGGCAUAACGAAGCCACAUCUAGAAUCUCAAGGCCAAGUCGCACAGUCUGUGCCACGGAAUGAAAUGACAUCGAGUGCCAAGUUGGAUGGAGAAGCCACACUCGCCCUUCUCAAGGAAGUGGGCUUACAGGUGAAAACGUGUCGUCAAGUGGGCGAGGAAAUCAACGCGGGGUUGGGGGUUUUGAGUCUCAUCUUGCCCCUAGAGAUCACCCUCCCUGACGGAACCACGAAAGAAUGGGUGGCCAAGAUCAUGCCCGAGUCAGAGUUUUAUCGCAGCCUCUGCCUCUAUCACCACUUUCACUAUCGGGAGGCGCUGGUCUACAAACGACUCCUCCCCCGCAUCCGGGAUGUCCUGUCUCGGCCUGAACCUUGGCCCUUCGUCGAAGCCCAUUUAUCCCAACACGUGAGAGACGGGGACUUCGUCGUCCGCGACUGCCUAGGUCUCGAAUCCCUCAUUCUCUUGGAUGAUCUGAGAAAGCACGGCUUUAGAAACGCUGAUAUUCGUCGCGGCAUGGACGAACGGCAGUUGACGGAAUGCGUCCGCGCCUUGGCCAUGUUCCAUGCCGGCAGUUUCAUCAUCAAAAUCAAAGAAAACACGCAACCCUUGACGGAAUUAUGGCCCUUCUUGGCGAGAUACUGCGUCGACGAAGACCCGCAUCUCCAAGGCUUUCUAGACUCAGGCUUUCAACUCUUAUUCGACUGCCUGCGAUCUCGUGGAGAAUCGCAAGAAUUGUUGAUGAAACUGGAAACCCUCAAGGGGGAGGCAGCCACGAAAAUAAAGGACUUUCUGAAACCACGGGAGCCCAUGGCUGUCGCCACCCAUUUUGACUGCACGGCUUUCAACGUCCUCUUCACUGAGGAGCCAUUUUUUCGAUGCAAACUAAUAGACUUUCAGAAUUGCUCCUAUGGAAAUGGGGUACACGAUCUUGUGUUCCUCCUUUUCACCAGCACGGACACGACAACAAGAAAAGAGCUCUCUGAGAAAAUGAAGGAUUUCUACUUUACGGAAUUUCACAAGCACAUCAGUGAUAAUGGAUUCUCUUGUGAAUUCUACACUUUGGAGAAGUUCGAAGAGGACUUUCGUAUUUGUCAAAUGUCUGCUCUCCUUCACUACAUUUCAGCAGCUGCAAUGUUUUCUUCUAAUUUUUAUAACUAA